UAUUCGAGCAUUUAUACGUCUCACACCCCGAUACUCUCUUACGGUUCUCAAGGCACUGCGCUGACCAGUUGCUCUGUUGCCGCGGCGUCAACACCAGACUCACUACCACCAGGCCUUCCUGUCCUCUGCCUUGUCAAUCUUAGCGUUACACCGUCCAGACUGAUUAUUCCUCGCAUCCAUCAUGGUCGCUAGCACGUUUCGGAUUCCGAAUAUUAUCGCUAAUAAACGGGAUGGCGGCGCUUUGUCACCGGAAGAAAUCGCCUUCUUUAUUCAAUCGGUCACAAAUGGCACUGCACAGCCCGUGCAAAUAGGAGCCAUGUUGAUGGCCAUGUACAUGCGCGGUUUGAACCACCUGGAAACAGCCAACUUGACCAGGGCAAUGCUGAGCUCCGGGGACGUCUUUCAGUGGCCGACACACCUGGCACCUCUGAUGGUCGACAAGCACAGCACCGGAGGAGUUGGGGAUAAGAUCAGCCCCAUUCUCGCACCGGCAUUAGCAGCUUGCGGCGUUAAGAUCCCUAUGAUUUCUGGUCGAGGCCUGGGAUUUACAGGUGGCACCGUCGAUAAAAUGGAAGCAAUUCCCGGAUUCCAAGUUGUGUUGCCCGAAGAAGCCGCAAAAGCCGCCAUCGAGCACGUGGGUUGUUUUAUCAUGGCGCAGAAUGAUAAAAUCGUUCCGGCAGAUAAGAUCCUUUAUGCUUCCCGUGAUGUAACCAACACCGUCGACUGUAUACCACUAAUUACUGCCUCGAUCCUUUCGAAAAAGGCGGCGGAAAAUCUUUCCUGCUUGCUGUUGGAUUUGAAAUGUGGACGUGCAGCAUUCAUGAAAACUGAAGAGUCGGCGCGAGCAUUAGCGAAUGCAAUGGUUGCUGUAGGGAAAGAACUUGGAAUUCGAACGGCAGUAGCCAUUACUCGUAUGGACGCUCCCAUGGGAAAAACAAUCGGGAAUGCGCUGGAAAUUAGAGAAACGUUGGAUGUUUUGCGAGGUGGUGGACCAAGUGAUGUUAUUGACUUGACGGUUAUGCAAGGUGGAAUUCUGCUCCAUUUGGCGGGAGUCGUUACUGACCGGCCGGAAGGCGAAAAGCGGAUGCGGGAAGUCCUAAAGAAUGGCGCGGCUUUACAGAAAUUCUACGCAUUAUUAGUAGCGCAAGGAGUUGAGGAGACCAUUGCCAAAGAGCUCUGUUUCAGUAAAGGUUAUCCGCAUCUUCCAACUGCUAAGCACUGCACUGAGCUGCCUUAUGCUGGACCCGAAGGUGUGGUUCAGGACAUUGACGGAUUGGAGCUCGCUUAUGUUUCGGGGGAAUUGGGUGCCGGACGGAGUAAACUUGGGGAAGCGAUCGAUUACACAGUUGGCUUGGAGCUGUUAGUGACUACUGGAGACGCUAUUAAAGCCGGUCAGCCCUGGAUUCGUGUCCAUCACAGCGGGGAGCAAAUGAGGAAGGAUCACGUAACCAGAUUGCAGACCUCCAUCACAGUCACUACCACGCCGUUUAUCAAGCAGGACGUUCUGGUGGACUUAAUAUGUUGACUUUGAAGUGAAACUCGAAUGCGGACGUUAGAGCACUGGUGAUUGUACACUCACAAUAUUAAUCAAACUCGGUUAAAUCUUUUAAAUCCCAUGAUUAUGUUACGUUUGUUUGCAUUGGCACACUGUCUGGAACAGUUUUAUUAGAUCGGUACUCUAACUUGUGUAUCGUGCUAAUUAAAAUUACACAUCGGUUAAGGAGAUAAUAUAUCUCAAACCUGUUUCA